AUGGUAAAGCUCUCUUGUGUAUUUCAGGCAGAUUCUGAAGAAGAUAUCAAGAACCGGAGUGAGUCAGGAAGAUACUCACUGAGAAAUCGUAAUGAAUGUAGUGGGGAUAGGAUAAAUGCCCAACAGGGAGAAGAGCACAUCACUAUUGAGCAAGACCUCCCCAAACAGAAAGGAAGCAUAGAAGAAAGUGAGCCAACACAUCAGAAAGGGUACCUAGAGAAGAAGUAUGAUAAGGCCUACGACUUCUUUAGGAAGCAUAAAGCUGUGACCCAAUAUAUCUUCUAUGGCAUUUUAUUAGCAGGCUUCUUGAUUCUAGUGACUGCAGCUUGUGUGGUGAACUUCCAUAGAGCCCUCCCACUUUUUGUCUUCACUGUUGCCGCCAUAUUCUUUGUUCUUUGGGACUUCUUGAUAGCCAAAUAUGAAAGUCAGAUUGCUGCGUUCUUGUCUCCUGGUGACAGAUUCCUAAGCAAGCAUUGGUUCUGGUUGAAGUGGCUGAUGUGGAUCUUGCUGGUUGCAGGAAUCAUUUGCUGGCUAAUUUUUGAUACAGCCAAACAGGGAACCCAGUCUCUGGUGUCCUUUGGUGGGCUUGUGUUCUAUGUUCUCCUGAUGCUAAUAUUUUCUAAGUACCCAACUAGGGUGUUCUGGAGACCCGUCUUUUGGGGAAUUGGAUUACAGUUUCUUCUUGGUCUUCUCAUUCUAAGAACUACAGCUGGAUUUGAGGCAUUCAAUUGGUUGGGGAACCAAGUACAGAUUUUCUUGGAGUAUUCGGACACAGGAGCCAUAUUUGUCUUUGGUGACAACUACACAGACCAUUUCUUUGCUUUUAAGGUCUUGCCAAUAGUGGUCUUCUUCAGCACAGUGAUAUCCAUGCUCUACUACCUUGGAUUCAUGCAGUGGCUUAUUAGAAAGGUUGGAUGGUUAAUGCAGGUCACCCUGGGAUCAUCUCCUAUUGAAUCUGUCGUUACUGCUACCAACAUAUUUGAGGGAUACAUUGACUCUGCGCUUGUAGUUCAAUCCUAUUUAUCACAUGUCACCAAAUCUGAGCUCCACGCAAUCAUGACUGCAGGAUUUUCAACUAUCGCUGGAAAUGUCUUGGCAUAUAUUUCUUUUGGGGUUUCAGCAACACAUUUGUUAACUGCUUCAGUGAUGUCUGCCCCUGCAUCUCUGGCGAUUUCGAAAUUAUUUUGGCCUGAGACUGAAAUUCCUAAAAUAAAUCUGAAGAGUACCGUGAAAAUGGAGAGAGGGGACUCAAGAAAUAUCCUGGAAGCAGCAAGCCAUGGAGCCUCUUCUUCCAUUUCUCUGGUGGCAAACAUCGCAGUGAACAUCAUUGCCUUCCUGGCUCUCCUGGCUUUUAUGAAUUCGGCCCUUUCCUGGCUAGGGAACAUGUUUGACUACCCUCAGCUGAAUUUUGAGGUGAUCUGCUCCUACAUCUUCAUGCCUCUUUCUUUCAUGAUGGGGGUUGACUGGGAAGACAGCUUUCUUGUUGGCGGACUGAUAGGAUACAAGACUUUCUUCAAUGAAUUCGUAGCCUUCCAGCAACUUGCAAAACUGAUCAAGUUGCGAAAACUAGCUGGACCCAAAUUUGUAGAUGGUGUGCAACAAUACAUGUCUGUUCGCUCUGAAACCAUUGCUACAUAUGCCCUUUGUGGCUUUGCCAAUUUUGGUUCUCUGGGAGUAGUGAUCGGAGGACUGACAUCUAUGGCUCCUUCCAGGAAGCAAGACAUUGCCGCAGGGGCUUUCAGGGCUCUGAUUGCUGGUACUGUAGCCAGCUUCAUGACAGCCUGUGUUGCUGGCAUACUCUCCAGCCCUCCCGUGGAGAUAGAUUGCUAUAGUCUUUUAGAAAAUGCCUUCAACUCAACUUCACCUAGCAACACAACUGAGUUAGUUACCUGUUGCCAAAACCUAUUUACCAGCACUGUCUCCAGCAACACCAGUGAUAUUUUACCAGCAAGCUUAUCCACCUUUACUGGCUGCUGUCUGCUGCUGAAUCAAAGUACAUCUAACUGUGACUGGGUCACUACCUCAUUCUGA